AUGCUGGGCUCGGUGAAGAUGGAGGCCCAUGACCUGGCCGAGUGGAGCUACUACCCGGAGGCGGGCGAGGUCUACUCUCCGGUGACUCCAGUGCCCACCAUGGCCCCCCUCAACUCCUACGUGACCCUGAACCCUCUAAGCUCUCCCUACCCCCCUGGGGGGCUCCCCACCUCCCCACUGCCCUCAGGACCCCUGGCACCCCCAGCCCCCACGGGGCCAUUGGGGCCCACCUUCUCAGGCCUGGGUGCCAGCGGUGGUGGAGGCAGCGGUGGCUCAGGUUACGGGGGCCCAGGACCAGGACUGGUGCAUGGGAAGGAGAUGCCAAAAGGGUACCGGCGGCCCCUGGCCCACGCCAAGCCGCCAUAUUCCUACAUCUCGCUCAUCACCAUGGCCAUCCAACAAGCACCAGGCAAGAUGCUGACGCUGAGCGAGAUCUACCAGUGGAUCAUGGACCUCUUCCCUUACUACCGGGAGAACCAGCAGCGCUGGCAGAACUCUAUUCGCCACUCACUCUCUUUCAACGACUGCUUCGUCAAGGUGGCGCGCUCCCCAGACAAGCCAGGCAAGGGCUCCUACUGGGCCCUGCACCCCAGCUCGGGUAACAUGUUUGAGAACGGCUGCUACUUACGCCGCCAGAAGCGCUUCAAGCUGGAGGAGAAGGUGAAGAAAGGCAGCAGUGGGACCACCACUGCCAGGAACGGUACAGGGUCUGCCACCUCAACCAACACCCCUGCAGCCACAGUCACCUCCCCGCCCCAGCCUCAGCCACCAUCCUCUGAGCCUGAGGCCCAGGGUGGGGAAGAUGUGGGGGCUCUGGAUUGUGGCUCGCCCCCUUCCUCCACAUCCUAUUUCACUGGCCUGGAGCUCCCAGGGGAGCUGAAGCUGGACGUGCCCUACAAUUUCAACCACCCUUUCUCCAUCAACAACCUCAUGUCAGAACAGACACCAGCGCCUCCCAAACUGGACAUGGCAUUUGGGGGUUAUGGGGCUGAGGGCGGGGAGCCUGGGGUCUACUACCAGGGCCUCUAUUCCCGUUCUCUGCUUAAUGCAUCCUAG